CUGGGCCUUAUUUCGAAAAUAGUGCGUUAUUUGAGUGUACAAACCCAAGAUAUUCUGCGGAUAGGUGAUGCUCAAACCACGUCAGAACCACCGCUGUGGCGUGUGCUGGAGUCGGACGCGCGUUUGACUGAUCAGGCGGAGCAGGGUUACUUUUAAAAAGAAGAUUUCACUGAUCACAAGCCAGUAGAAUACUUUCAGCCCAAGCAAGGGUGAAGACAGCUCUCUCCAAGAGCAGAGGAAGUCCCUGUGGAGAGAACCCGAGCUUGUUAUCAGAACUUGUCGGCAUGUCUAAACAAGGAGACGAUUGCUACUUCUAUUUCUAUUCUACCUGUACCAAGGGAGACAACUGUUCCUUCUGCCACUGUGAAGCUGCUCUGGGGAACGAGAUGGUCUGCACGCUGUGGCAGGAGGGUCGUUGUUUCAGGAAUGUCUGCCAAUUCAGACACAUGGAAAUUGAUAAAAAGAGCAGUGAGAUUCCCUGCUACUGGGAGAAGCAGCCAGUAGGCUGUCAGAAAGCCAACUGUGCUUUUCAUCACACAAAGGGACAUUACAUCGAUGGAGUCUUCUUACCACCAAGCAAGACUACACUGCCAAGUCCGCCUGAGUCCGCGGACGAUGAUUUGAAAGUGGCUCAGAUGUCACUGCAGCAAAACAAACUUUCUGUCCAGUCCAAUCCCUCUCCAUAGCUAAGGGGGGUGAUGAAAGUGGGAAACUCUGAAAACGUCCCAAGCCCUACACACCCUCCAGUUGUAAUCAAUGCUGCAGAUGAUGAUGAAGAUGAUGAUGACCAGCUUUCUGAGGAAGGAGAAGAAACUAAAACUCCCGUCCAGCAACCAGCUGAGGAAGGCCAAAAUGGAUUACGGAUGAUUUCCACUCGGAAAGCCAGUGCUGCUACUGCUAAACAAGAGGACAGUCUGAAUUUUGGAAUAAAAACACUUGAAGAAAUCAAAUCACAGAAAAUGAAGGAAAAAACUAAGAGACACGGUGAAGGUCCUUCAAGAUCUUCUCUUCCUCCCGUCGAUUCUAUGAUUUUUCCUGCUCUGGAAAAGGAAAAUGUCCGGUCAGUGGUGAGAACUGUGACACUGUCUACAGAGGAAGGGGAGGAACCUGUGAUUCGACUAGAUCUUGCUGAGAAACAAGGAAAACGGAAAGCCUCCGUGGCUGAUGUAAGCGCCCUUCCCGUGAAGCGCAGCCUUGCUGAAAGGCUGGGGAAGAAGGUGGAGGUUCCGGGAAAUGCUGACAAAGCACCGAAGAGAGUUCAAGUUCCCAAGUCUGUGAAGGAGAGACUAGGAUUACCUUUUCAACAGACUAGUACUGCGAAAGGGAAGGCUGCUAAGCCAAAGGGAGAGAUCCAUGUGAAAACACUGGAGGAAAUCCAUCGUGAGAGAGCUCUUCAGAGACGAGAAACUCAAGCCAAAGCCCAGGCUGAAUGGCAUGGUAAAACAGAAGAUCCCAGCGCAGGGGUAAAAAUUCAGGGUGAGCCCGAGAAGCAGAGUGUGCUCACUCUGUCCGGGCCCAGCAAAGUGCAGUCGAAGGAGCUGGCAGGUAAAGUCAAGCCAGAAGGAGAAGUGCAUGUUAAAACCUUGGAAGAAAUAAAGCGCGAGAAAGCUCUGCGGAUGCAGCAGAGUGGAGGAAAUGUGCCAGCUCCCCCAGCACAACCUGGACCUGCCCCAGCAGGGCAGAAAUCGUUAUGGAACACAAAGCUAACAGCACCUGAAAAAGAAGAAAAGAAGACAGUGGAAUUGAACAGGCCUUUUCCUAAACUUUACUCUGUACCUGAUGUACAG